UCCCUCACACAACAGAACGACGCAAAGAGGAAACUGCCCUGACUCAAUUUGUGUCUGCCAGUCAUCAUCGUCAGUCAGUCAGUGUGAGGACAACGCCAGAACAGAACAUCCUCUCACCUGCUAUACAACCGCUGGUACCACCGCAGCAGCAGCAGCAGCAGCAGCAGCAGCAGCAACAGCAACAGCGUGCCACAGUUCCAGCUGACCUCCACAGCGCGCCGCUCGCAUGGCGGAUGCUCCGCUCAACAACUCCUGGCCCUCCUUCUCCAAACUCUGGAUGAAGAGGUGGUCCUUCAAGAGAGCCUCCGAGUGCAAGCCAUACAGUGGACAUCCAAGUGGACAUUCUAGUGGACAACAGCGUGUUGAUCAGCAUCAUGCUCCUGCAGGGACAUCCUCGCCCUCUCCAUCACCUCCCUCCCUCAGCGAGGUUUUUUUCUUUGGCGGCACCAACGAGGAUCAGGAUGCGUGCUCUGUAGUGAGCGAGUCUGAGGGGAGAGGUGUGGAGGUGAGCAGCAGCAUGGAGGACCUACAGGGCCUCAGCUCUUCCUUUGGAGACUCAGACUGCUUCAGAGAUUUGGAGGUGGUUCUCGAGGGGCCUCUGAAGACCAGUCCAGAGCUGACCUCCCAGACCCAUCUGCCCCAUCUGACUGAGCAACUAUCAUCCGAGGAAGCGCCCGGCACCCUUGUGGUCACCCAGCUGAGCCCCAAACUUUUACCGAGCUGUGUGAUUGACAGCCAUGACUCUUUGGGCCUGGGAGUUGGUCUUAGUGUGACCAUUGAUUUGGACGGAAUGUUGGGAUCGAUGGAAAGAACUCAAACCAAAACAGAAUCACGUGACCAUGGAAACACAGUGCAUUUCAAUGGAGAUGUUGAGGUUGACAGCUUCCCUAAUUUAGCAAGAUCCAUGUCGACCUCACGAAGACAUAGCUGGGGUGCCCCUGUUGCCCCCAUUAACCUGGGGAGGAGACUUAGUCUCGACACUAUGGCCAUGGACAGCGACAGCGAUGGAGAUGAGGAUGAGACAGGGCACCGUGGUCUCUUUCGGCCCACCCAGCGGAAAACCGAUCGCUGCACAGCCUGUCCACUGGAUGAGACAGACGGUCCCAAGGGGAGGCUUUCCUGUCCCGCUGCCAAGCCUGAUGGCGUUCCUGGCAAGCAAGUCUAUUCCCGCUCGGAGAUCCUCGCCACGGACGAAUAUUCACGUGCAGCACACAUCUCUCGUAUUGUACGGACAUCCAAACAGGCUGCGGGGGCAGCAGGAGCAGAGGAGUUUGACCCUGAGGAACACCUGCACUCCAAUGAGGGGCAGAGUCACAUAGCCAAGCAGACAAACAACAAAGUCAAUGACAAAGAUUCUGAAAGUGUCACAUGGUACGAGUUCCUCUCUAAUGAGAAUGAGGAAGAGGAUGAUCGCAGUGAGAAGGUGGAAAAAGGCACCAAGGUGAAGAGGACUCUCAGCUCACUGAGGAACAGGAUGACCGGCUCCUUCAGUAAAGAUAAGGGUAAGAACCGAGAGAAACAGCAGCAGAGGGGUAAGGAGAAAGAGAGGGAGGCCAAGGAGACAGAGUUCAGCCACAACAAUGUGCAUCUUUUUGCACUCGGCACUUUUUCCAGCUGCGCCACCUGCUCUCUGUGCGGCAAGACGCUGCAGAAAAAGCAUAGCCUUCAGUGCAUGAAUUGUGCUGUGAAUGUUCACAGGAGCUGCAAGUCUCUGCUGGGUGAGUGCACCAGCACCAGGAACAAGAGAGAUUCUUUAUCAAGGACAGGCCCAUCUGGAUCCCCUAAUCUUGCACUGAAAGACCGCCACAGAGAGCAGGAACAGUCAGGUACAGCCUCAUCACAGACCCCGAAUGGCCAUGCAAGUUUUCUCGGCCCCCCCGGCAUGACCAUCAUUCCUCGGGGACCAAGUAACCAUCUUAUUGCAACACAUAACAUCACCUCUCCUGGAGCUUCUGCUUUAUACCUCGGCCACAGCCUGCGCCACCACAGCAGCUCAGGGUCUCUCCCUGGGGAGAUGGAUGAAACCGACACUCUUCGCUUCAAGCGCUGCACUGAAGACACAAUUUCCCUCGUUCCCUCCACUACUGAGUCUAUCAUAGUAGAGGAUGCUCACCAUGCUGCAGUGCGAGCUGAUCUGGAGAGUGAUGCUCAGGACCUGGAGGUGGAGUCCUGGAGUUUGGCUGUUGACCAGCAGUUUGUUAAGAGACACUCUAAAGAGGCCAUAAAGAGACAGGAUGUCAUAUAUGAGCUGAUGCAGACGGAAAUGCACCACGUACGGACACUGAAGAUAAUGCUUCGUGUUUACAUCAGAGAGUUGAAGGAGAACCUCCAGAUGGAUUCGUGCAGACUGGAAUGUCUCUUCCCGCGCUUGGAAAACCUCCUGGAGCUCCACAUGCAUUUCUUGUCCCAACUUAAAGAACGCAGACGAGAAAACAUUGUUUCGCCCACAGACGGCAACUACACAGUCGACAGAAUAGCAGACCUACUAAUUGCACAGUUUUCAGGUGAUGUAGGCGAGAAAAUGAAGGACAGCUAUGGUGAUUUCUGCAGUCGCCAUACUGAGGCUGUCAGCUAUUACAAAGAACAGAUGCAAACAAACAAAAGAUUCCACAGCAUUAUACGGAAAAUCAACAACCUGUCCAUCGUGCGAAGGUUAGGAGUGCCUGAGUGUAUUCUGUUGGUAACACAGCGCAUUACCAAGUACCCAGCAUUUGUCGAGCGUAUCCUGCACAGCACGAAAGUGGGUACUGAAGAACACACAAAGCUUAACCAUGCAUUAGGCUUGAUUAAAGACACUAUUGUUCAAGUGGACUCAUUGGUUAAUCUGCACGAGAAGACGUGCCGCCUUCGUGACAUCCACAACAAGAUGGAGCCAAAGGCACUGGGGAAAAUCAAAGAUGGCCGAGUGUUUCGCCGAGAAGACUUGGCGCAGGGUCGAAGGUGCCUUUUGCAUGAGGGUACUGUCAACUGGAAAGCUGCCUCUGGCAGACUCAAAGAUAUUCUUGCAGUUCUCCUCUCUGAUGUCUUAUUGCUGCUACAAGAGAAGGAUCAGAGAUAUGUAUUUGCAGCAGUGGACAACAAGCCGUCAGUCAUCUCUCUUCAGAAGUUGAUUGUUAGGGAGGUGGCCCAUGCAGAAAAAGCCAUGUUCCUGAUCUGCGCUUCCUCCAAUGAGCCUGAGAUGUACGAGAUCCACACGACCUCUAAGGAGGAAAGAAACACUUGGAUGGCACACAUACGGCAAGCUGUUGAAAGUUGUCCUCAUACAGAAGGCAGGCUGUUCAGUGAGGAGGAGGAGGCCCGAGCUUCCCGGUUCAAAGAAUUUCAAGAACGUCUGAGCCAAAAGGAUGCUGUGAUUAUCCAGACGCUUUCUGAGAAGCUGCAACUUUUUGCAGACAUGGCAGAGUCUGUGGCAGGUCUGGAGGACACAGCUUCCCGCUCCAAACUUCUAUUACGGGGUAAUGCCUCAGAUCUCCAGCAGGGGGAGGCUUUGCUCAAAGAAGCCAUCACUGAAGUGGAAAACCUCCAGAAUUUGCUCCAGUCUGGAGUGAGGGACGAAGUCCUGUCAUCACAGCAAGAUGAAGGGAGCAGCUCUGGACUCCUACCUAGGAGAGCAGACACCUUUGGGGGCUAUGACAGCAGUCCCACCAUCCUCACUAAGAAUGGCAAUGUGAAGAACUUUUCUGGCGAGUCCAGAAACAGAGAACGAAGCCAGCGGGCCAGCUCUGACCCUCAGCUCCAAGAUCUCUGUGGUAGCCAAACUCUGGAGCAGACGGUUGAUGACAGCUGCUGCACUCCAACAAGAUGGAACCGGAUCUGGUCCAACUCAUUCCCUGAGGCAGAGUUCUUCGACAAAGUAUUAAAACUUUCUCAAAGGCUCUACAGUCUGCAGGCCAUCAUAUCGCAGCAGGACAGUCAAAUUGAGCUGCAGCGUAUCUCGCUGACGGAGCGAGCAUCUCUGCCUGGGCGCCACCGCGGGAACGUGCUCCUGGAACAGGAGAAGCAGCGUACGCUGGCUCUACAGAGAGAGGAGCUCGCCAGCUUCCACAAACUGCAGUCUCAGCAUCGCCAGGAACAGCAGCGCUGGGAGAAGGAGCGAGGGAAGCACCGCCAACAAGUGGAGGCGACAGAGGCCAGGCUGCGGGAAAGGGAGGAGGAAUGCAAGCGGGUGGAGGAGCGGCUGGCUGAAGAGAGUGUGGAGCUGGAGAGACAAAGGGAGACGUACCAACAGGACCUGGAGAGGCUCAGAGAGUCCACUCGAGCAGUGGAGAAAGAGAAGGAACGCCUGGAACACCAGAAGAAGAUCAAGAGGAAAACCAUUGAGGUGGCUCCUAUGACCGGCAGUCUAAAUGGGGAGCUCCUCUUAUCCUCUGGCCUCAGCAGCACUACCAGCCUCUGUGACACACCCCUGCCACCGAAGUCCCUGGUGCGUGGCAGCAUGUCUGUGUCGCCAGCUGACUACCCCGAGCGGCCCGAGGUGACGUUGCGGCGAGACGCCAGCUCCUCCACCCUGCCGUUGAAGACGGAGGUGCCGCUGCACCUCUUCAGCACCACAAACCAGCAGCACAAAUUGGUGGGGGUGCAACAGCAGAUCCCCACCAAGCUGGCCGCCCUCAGCAGUGGCAAAGGCAAGGGAGUUAAGAGCGGAAAGACCUCCCAGCGCACUGACAGCACUGCCUCAGUGGACAUGAAGCAGAUUUUCCCCCUGAAGCUGUCGGCGCGUGACGACAAUGCCCUCAAAGCCAAGCGCUCGGUCAGCCCCCACCACCAAACACCGCUGUCUGCAUCUCCUCUGCCUCCCUCCCUCCAUCAUCACGGAGAUCAUCAGCAAAGUCCUUUGGAGACUUCUGGACCGGAUUUCCAAUCCACCAUUGUAAGCGUCACCCACCCGACAACGAUCCACAAGCCCCCCGUGCCGCCCGCUCAGCCCUCUCUGCAGCCUCCCGCCAUCCCGGCCCACUCGCAAAACACCACGUCGCUCCAGUUCCCGGCCCCGGUGCAGCCGCAAGGCUUCGGCCCGAACCCCCACGUGCAUGUGCAGGGCCUCGGCCUCAGCCACAGUGUGCCGCUCCCGCCGCCCUACAACAUCAACACAGAAGACCUCAGCAAGGAAGACGUCAUCUUCUUCUAAACUCGCUGGAUACUGAGACACUAUGCUUUGAAACACGGUGGUCUUCUUUUUGCUCGUUGCUCUAAACCCAAACAAAAGCACCGUAAGCUUGGCAACCUUGAGCUUCAUUAAAUGGAUGUACACCGAUCCAAAGAUGGCAGCCGGUGAUGUGAAGACUGUCAGGUGCUAAAGCGUGGAAGGGAGGCGCCGAGGCCCGAGUUUGCGUGCGCCGAGGCAGGAAGUCCCAAGUGAUGGAACGCUGUCUGCUUGAUGGUUCAUUUGCACAGUGUAAAUACUCCAUUCCUAACUCUUGAAUGAGCCUUUAUGGUUGUUUUUUUGAAUGGUUUGUCAAACCAUGUCAAAUUUAGUAAUUUCUGUUCUUAAUUAUGCUUUCUUGGAACAUUUUAUUUUCAAUCAAGUGCUUUUUUCCAGCUUGGACAAGCCAGGAAAUGAGCUAGUCAGGACAUGUUAGACAUCACACAUUGACUCACUUGUAAUUAAUUACUUAAAAAUCUGCUUUCCUUCCCCUAUCCAGCCAUGUUUUUAUACUAAAGUGUUUAUUCUGUAUAAGGUGACUUAGGGAGUGUGAGAGGCGCGGUACACCCUGGACUGAAAACCUGUCAAUAAAUUUUAAGGGUAAAAGCCCUUUUCAAAUUUGACGUGUUUAAAAAGAGCUAUGAUGAAGACAUCUUAAUUGACAUCUAAUCAUAAUAUGGUAUAUUAUUGCUGUGACAGUGAUUGAUAUUUUUGGCCUGCCGCUUUAAGGAAAUACACUUCCCUAUCCUGUCAUUCCAUCUCGCUGAGUCUCGCAGGACAAAGCCUGAAGGUCCUUGCUGCGGAGCCGCCUGAAGCUGUUUGAACACAUUCCUUACUUCCUCCCACUUCCAUACCUCCGCUUCUCUGAGCUGCAGUCACGCAGUGCAGAAGGCACAUGUUCAUGUCUUGGCCCGCUGAUCAUUUCUCUUUCAGAAUAGGGGUCACGUUUAUAUCUUAUAUGGGAUAUAUGUUGGAACAUGACACUUUUAUUUCAGGCCUAAGGUGCCAGCUACGGCAUGUGUGUGUGUGUGUGUGUGUGUGUGUGUGCGUGUGCAUGCGUUUAUGAUUGAUUGCUGAUGACAUUAGAUGUUACUGUGCAGAAAGCUGAUGUCAGUCCUGACUGUGACUGAAGAAACAUGGAGAUCUCCAUCCCAUGACAUCCAUUAACUUAAGCGGUGAAUCCUUUCACAAACAUUUGUUAUGUGUGUAUUGUGUAGAGUUGUGUUCAUUCUGUAAUGUCUUUUGUGCUAAUUCUUACAUUAGGUACAGACUUAAUUAGAUAUAGAGUUACUAGACGGUCAGAGAAACCACAUUCACUCUGUUUGAAAAAUGUUGCAUUGAAGUCAAGGUGCACUGCCUGCCAUUUUCCUCCUAUUCCUCACUAGUGAUGUGUCACUAAGAGGAUGUAGCAAAAUCCAUUUGUUUCACUCAACCAAAGAGAAGCUCACACUGACUCUCACAUCCUGCAGGAGAGUGGGGGGGGGAAAAAAUGUUAGACAUAUUUAUAAAAAAAAAAAAAAAAAAAAAUGUUAGACAUAUUAAAAAAAAAAAACAGUUCUCAUUUGUCUGUUUUUCACUGCAUGGUACCUACACUACUCAUAAAAAGGUAGGAAUAUCCGCCUUUUGGGUGAAAUUUCCAGAUGAAUCUAGAUUUCACUAUAACUUUGUCAGGUGAAAUUAAUUUGACCUUCAAACUGGAUGUUCUCAGAGGGAAGGGGCCACUGAGCUUCGAGUGUCAUCAGCAGGUUGCAACGGAGAUGCAAAGGAACUGGAAGAGUCACAGAAAGGCAUAGAAGUGGGGUGGGGGGGGGGGAAACACAUGCAUUUUGCUGUUCAGCUCCUUGUUGGAGAACAGCAAGUUGUGCAAAAAUUACUAAAACAUUGAACAGUUGGGCAUACGUUUAGAGAAGGUCAAAUUAAGUUCACGUAAAAGAGGUUAGGUUAGGUUCACGCAUUAGAGGUUCAUUCUGAAAUUUCACCAGAAUGAGUUUUGUGAGUAGUGAACUCUGUUUGACAUGACUUCACGCUAUUGACUCUUUCCUUUUGACAAAGCAAGUAUUGUCAGUAAGUACUUACACAGACUACCAGGUCCUGUUUCUUGUACAUGGUCAGCUGCUGCUGGUCCCGCAUUGGUCGGACAGAUUGGUCAUCAUGGCGUUGUUGUAACAGUUGAGGGUGCAUGGCUAGAAAUGACGAACACAGAAUUACUGUGCCUUUGGUCUGGGUGUUGCAUUAUUCUGUCCACAGUCUCCAUUUUGAUGCCUUCAGUCACAGCUCAAAUAAAUUGGUGGCCAACAGCCACACAUUGAGAAGUAAAUGCAGGAAGUCCUCCUUCUCCCCCAUAAUUGUUUGUUAACUUGUCCAGUUCUGACUGAUGCGUUCAAUGUGGCGUAGUUUUCGCAGUUUCCUGCGGUACUAUUUUAAAGUGGAAAACCAAACCAAAACGAGUAACUUUGAUCCGAGCUGAUACCGUGCUAUGGAAAAGGCACUCUUGAUGUAUAGUACUAUUGAUCAAAAAAGAUGGAAACUAUUGCCACACUGUUUUGAAAAUGCCAUAAUUUCAUACACAUUUGAACAUGUUUUUCAAGUAUACUGUUUUCCUUCUUUAUGGUCCACUCUUUGUACAAAGUCAUAAAUUGUUGCAACAGGCUCUUUAAGUAAGUAGUAUGUUGUUAACAGACAGUCAUCAUUCAUUUGACACAUCACAUCCACAAAUAUGUUAAACAUGGUUUUUCUUAGUUGUGGAUACAAAGUGUGAAAAGUCUGCUGUUACUCACAUUACAUGCUAAAUACAUGCAAUAGAAAAUAGUCAAUACAUUAUUUAGAAACGUUUUUCCACGUGUGCCCUAAUGGUGCAGAGUGAGGGCAGAAAAAGUGUUGGAUUUGUGCUUCAAGUCUUAAAACGCUGGCCGGUUUAACCUUCAUGUUUGUUUUAACUAUGUCGCCAGCAACUCUCAUCACUGUACAGUUGCUCACCAACACAAACAUGACACUUUUAAUCUUCAUUUCCACUUUUGUUUUGUUUUUUUUGUUUUUAUUCUUGUGUUGGACCUUUCUUAACGUGAAUACAUUUAUUUCCUCUGCCAACUUUUACACUAGUCACUUUGGAUAGUAGCAUACUUGAAGGGGAAAAUGAAUGAUUGUUAUAAGGCUUAUUUUUAUCAUGACUGUGAGUUUGUAUUUACCAACAGCUGUGUCGUGGCAUUUGUAACACAUGACAAAAGAGUUUUUGUAUCAUUUUUAUUUUAUUCACUGCAAGAUGUUAGAAUAACAUGUGGACACAGACUGCUGCCUUAGACAAGUUUUAGAAUUAAACAAAAUGUGCUUGAAA